AAUUGUAAUCAGUCAAAUAGUUUUAUUGCUGUGGUUUGGACUCCCAAUCUCGAUUGGUUGCAUUUUAAGGAUAAUUUUAAUUUAAAUAGCGUUUAAAUGACUGUAAAAUAGUGUUUUAAGUUGAAUUUUAGUGUAGUUGACUGUAUACAAUGUUACGUGCACUGUUAGAUAUAUUCUGGGACGAAGAUGUGUGGCUACCGCCGAAUACCACUUGGGAAGAUAUUGCCCCUGGACCUGACAAAGCAGUGGUGUAUACCGACUACAGACACCUGCUCUAUCCUAUACCUUUGGCAUUGGUGCUCAUAGUUUUACGGCACACUUUAGAAAAAUAUAUAUUUGCACCAUUCGGCAAGUCAUUAGGAAUUAAGAACACAAGACCAAAGAAAGCCCCAAAUAAUCCAAAGUUAGAGUCAGCGUAUGCGGGGAGCCCUAAAAUUAAACAUAAACAGUUGUUUUUGAGCAAGGAUGAGAUAUGUGCACUAGCCAAGCAGUUAGAUAUGUCUGAGAGGCAAGUGGAGCGCUGGUGGCGUCUCCGGAGAAGCCAGGAAAAGCCGUCCAAGCUUACCAAGUUCUGCGAGAAUGCGUGGAGGUGUACCUUCUACUUCUACAACUUCUCUUAUGGCAUGUUCAUUCUAUGGGAUAAGGAAUGGCUGUGGGAUAUCGACCAGUGCUACAUUGGGUAUCCUCAUCAGGGGACCACGAGCGACAUUUGGUGGUACUACAUGAUGUCGGCGGCGUUCUAUUGGGCGCUGACGAUGUCCCAGUUCUGGGACGUGCGGCGGAAGGACUUCUGGCAGAUGUUCGUGCACCACAUCGCCACCAUCGCGCUGCUGUCGUUCAGCUGGGUGUGCAACUUGCACAGGAUCGGGACACUCGUUCUGUUGCUGCACGACUGUACAGAUAUAUUCUUAGAGGCAGCGAAAGCGCUGAAGUAUGCCAACUAUCAAAAGUUAUGCGACGCGUUGUUCGCGGUGUUCACCGUGCUGUGGAUCGUUACAAGGCUGGGCAUUUAUCCGUUUUAUAUUAUUUGGAGUACAUCAAUCCGAGCGCCAAUGCUGCUGCCGAUGUUCGCAGCGUACUACAUCUUCAACGCGCUGCUGUGUCUGCUACUGGCUCUGCACAUGCUGUGGACUUGGCUGAUUCUGCAAGUCGCCUACAAGUCCAUCAAUGCUGGCAAGAUGGAAGGCGACAUCCGUAGUUCUAGUUCAGAUUUCAGCGACAGUAACCAUUCGAACCACAGUACGCCCAACAGGCUUAAUAAUAAAAAAGACACAUAGGGAUUGGCAUAUCAUCGAGUGCUGGACAUGGGAAAUGGUGAACUUAAAUUAUUUAUUAUAUUUAUCCUCAACCUUACGUUUUGCUACUAUAAUUUGUCUACUUUCGGAAGUCUGUUAUGCUUUGGAUGUAGUGUUAACAGACAAGCGUUUGACAACAGAUAGUUGACAGUAUUGGUGUGUACUGAGGAAUCCACUUAAUUUAUGCAAAGUACAUGUACAACUCGUACGGAUUGACUUUUUCACCUGGCUCGAAUGAUGUUUGUAAUUGUGUUUGGUAGUCAGGUGUCAAGUAAAUGCUCACGAGUUAUAUAAAACGUCAUACUACAGUAUCGCAUAACGGUAUCGCAGAAAAACACAAAUCACUCACAAAAUAAUUAAUGUUUUACUACCCGCUAAUGAUUUUUUUUUUACUUUUUUGUUUGUUUUUAUUUUUUUUUUAAUUUCAAUUUGUGUUCAUACAAAUGCACUUCCUACCCUCAGAAAACCUGCAUUAGAGAAGGAAUCAUUUUUGUAUAAUCUGUAUGUAUAUUGACUACCCUAAAAGCCACAUACGAACGCGCUUGGUUUAUCUUACCACUACAUCCAAACGUAAAUGGACUUCCCGGAAUAGAUUAACUGUACCAUGUUCUUCUUUUGUAUCCCGGAUAAAGUCUACUUAAGAUAACAUACUGUGGAACCGAAUCGACAUAGUUUUAACCCUAGAUAACUAAUUUGUAGAUACAUAGUAACUAAACUUUCGUCAGGCAGACUACGCAAUAAAAAACGUGAAAAUUAUCAAAGAUAGGAACAAGUGAUAUGACACUUGGUUUAAUAAGAACUAACUGAGAAACAUUUAAUAACAAUUUAUAAUCUGAGUAGUUGGCGUAGUCAUGUGGACGAAUGUAUACUUAUCUAGGGUUAACAAUGUCCCAUUUCACCCUGCUGCAAAAAAUGUGACAAAAACUUGGUACGAUAAUAGUCCAAUGGAUGGGAUGGAACCCACUGUCUUGUGGGGCUAUUGGUCAUAAAAGUCAAUACUGUAUGAUACAUUUAAAUUAUUUUUAGCUGGCAUUUCAACACAUUUGUGUUUGUGCAAAAUGUAAAUCCAAGUAACUUUUCAUUCUUUCACAAUUUAUAUUCUCUUGUUUUAAAUCUGUUUUUUUUUUUCAAUAUUUCGACAAUUUUUGUUAUUGAAUUAGUUAUUUGUAUUGACUUAAUUUUCACCAAAAUCAAUAUAUUCAAAGGUUGUCAAAUACCCAAUUCAAUCAUCAAGCAAUGUCAAGCCAAGUAAAAAAUAAUUUAGAUAUACGUCAAGUCGGUAUUUUUAAGAGUAUUUAAUUUACUUUUCCGGCCUUAAUUGAAACACCAGACUCGUAAACUACGUAAAUAUGUCGACAUAUUUUUAUGCUGGUUGUUAUAAAUUGUUAUGCCUUUUGUGUUGAAAAUCACAAUUUUGUAUCGGAUAUGAUAUUUAUAUAGAUACAUAGUAAUUAGCAAACUUAUCAUGACCGUCGCUCUAUCACAAAGUGCAACAGUAACACUUUUUCUCUCUGGUGCAGUUGUGAAUGCAAUAAGAUACAUUCAGUGGCGUGCACAAAGUUUUUAACUGGGGUAGGCACUAUAGGCAUGCGAAAGACAUAAGCCCGUGAACAGGCGGCGGAGUCUUAUAUAUUUCGCCCCAACGCAAUGAAACAGAUAGCGGUAUUUCCGCCCCACCGCGCCGCUAUUGGUUGACAUUUGUCCAUUUCUGUUCACUAACAUCUCGUUGGUCGCAUGUUAGGCCUACUCAGGGAGCUUGCACGCCUCUGGAUACAUGGUAUUCCAUUCGGAAUUGGCUGUUAUUUUUACGGUCAUGAAAAGGUAGCUAAACAAUGUUCUAUAUAUACAUUAUAUCAAAAAAAAUUUAUAGUUUCGCAAUGUUACUUAGUAUUAUUUCAUUCAGUAUAUUACUCUUUAAUUGCAGAUAUAUUUACUUUAUAGUAUUUUUUUACAUUAUCUUAACUUAAGGUGAAUUUCCAUUGGCCGUGAACUAUGCGAUAUAUUUCAAUUAUUUUUCUUAUAAUCAUUUUAUAUCAGCGUUUUAAGUUUGACAUUUAUUAUUUAUUUGACUAUACGUUGAUGUUACUUUGUGUAUCUGCUGAGCUGACGUAUAUUUGGUUCACAGGCUUCUUCUUCUUCGAGUGCCUCUCCCAAUAGCGAAGGCUGGCAGUCAGCGUUGUGAAUUAUUUUUUAUUUUUCGCUAGGCUAAAUAAUUGGGCAGAGCUCGCGAUCCCGGUCCACUCUCUGAUGUUUCUCAACCAGGAUUUCUUUUUGCGACCAACUCGUCUGCCAGCAAGUUUUCUCACUAACAUGAACUGUAGGAGGUCGUAUCUAUCGUGCCUUAGCACGUGCCCUAGAUAUGUAACUUUUCUCUUCUUGAUAGUCUGUAAAAGUUCGGCCUUGUGAUUGACGAAUCGCAGACUUCCACAUUUGCGAUCAGAUAACUUUUUAGUUCAAAUGCCCGAUACCCUGAAGCUUGCAUUUCUGAUAUUCUCUUUAAUUGUCCACACACACAAACGCAUUUGCGAUGUCACCUUACUACUACAAACAAAGCCAAACUAUCUUCGAAUAAUAAUAUUUUUUUAUCAAAAAAACGCUUGCAGCUGAUUCUGAAGUUUCAAAUUGUGUACUGAACGACAGUCGCAUUUUGCAUAAUCAUCAUUGCCCAUGGAAGUUCACCUUAACUUUUUGAAUAUCGACAAAACUGUUUAACAGUUAAAAUUAAAUAAUGCUAUACUCAUCUAGUCUUAGCUUAAAAUCAUAUCAAGCUUCGGCCAUAAUAUAGUUAUAAACCUACAAAUAACCAAAGAAAUACUUAUAUUGCAAUGUGGUUCUACCACUUUUAGAAAUUAACGCGUAACGCGCAAUUUAGUAUGCGUAAAAGAUAUAGAUAACCGCAUAAUUAUUUUUCCAUCUAUAUUACGCUGGAGAUCAUAUAAUCUAAAAGUGAUUUUUUUAAUAUAUGACGAGAUAUACUCUAUAUUGGAGUAAAUUUGGAAUUCUAUUUACUGUAUAUGUUACCGGCUAAGUCCAAAUUUAGGAUGACCUGGUUACGCCUAGGCCAAAGCAGUUCUCCCAACACGCAAUAGCUCAAUCCAGUAUAGCCCAGGCCAAACUCAUUCAUCCUGUUACCGAUAGAAUAAACAGUUUAUCUUUAUAAGCUGUUUAUUCUACGUAUAAUUUACUUUCUAUAGAAUAAACUGCUAAAUACUAGUCUGAACUAAUUUCGCCUGGUGACAGCUAUCUGGUUAAAUUGGCUAGUUAAUAGAACGCCUAGGCCGUAAAUUAAAUGCCGGUAACAUAUACAUGGAUCAGCUUUCAAAUUGCCGUUUGCUACAUUAUUUGCACAUGCGAAUGUUGAAAUUAACUUAUAGAAGUGGUCUUACAAUUUAUUUAAUUGGUAAUAUAAAACUACGCUGUGGCGUUCAAACAUACUUCUUGAAGUCUUGAAAAAGUUGUUUUUACCAACCAACUGGGAAUUAAAUAUGAUCAUCAUUUCAUUCAUUGAGCACGAAUCUCCUCUCAGAAUGAGAGGGGUUAGGCUAAUAGUCCACCACGCCGACCCUAUGCGUAUUAGCAGACACCCCAAAUAGAGAAAUUGGAUAUGAUACAAAUCGGAAAAUCCCUUUCGUAAUAUAUUCUUACAUUCGUUUAUGCUUAUAUGAAGUGCACGCUAUGAAACUAUAGUAUUAUUGGUUUGUUAAAACGUUCCUUAUAAAGUGGCUUUAUAAAAAAUUGGCGAAGUAUUCAUUCCUUAUUCCACGAAAUUAUUAAUUAUUAUCAAUUGUCACAAAAUGUGAAAAAUAUUCCAUUACAGAUUAAAAGUAUUGUAAUUUUUAAUCUUAUACGGGUAGAAAUUAUAACAAAAUUAAGCAUUGAAAAAUAGGAUUACGAUAUUGAAAAAAAAAAUAAACUUAACUAGUUAGAAAAAUUUAAAUUAAUGUUCCUUUGACAUUUGCAUUUAUAAAAAAAAAAUCAAAGAUGGUCAACAUUUCGUAAGUGAAUACGACAUGGGACCACAUAGUUUGUAUGACAUUAAUACCUACCAAAUUCAAUUUUUUCUUCUUUAGGUAAUAUGUUUUUGUGAUUGAGGAAGAUAUGGAAUAAUAUUUAUUAGAUUAUCAGAUUAAUUUAUGCAUAUGUACUUUAUUAUGUUACAAUUUUAUUUACUUACACAGUAUAUCCUAGUUUUGUUUAACGCCAAAUUCAUGGAUGCAUGAAAAAAAAAAUUACAUAUAGUACCCGGCACCAUCAUUUGGCAUGUGCAUCGGCAAAUUAUGUCAAUCUAUUCAUGUCUAUUACUCGUCAACUUACUUAUUCUUACUUUGGUCGUAGAGUGAAAUUAAAUAGACGUCCAACGGCGUAUAAUCUUAACUGCCGGGUACUGUGAUUUAAUGAAAUAGGCCUAAUGUAAUCAGGGUUCUUAAAGUCUAAAAUAUCAAAGCGACAAAUCGAUGAAAGUUUUCCCUCCAAAAUCGGUAUUAUAUAGUUGAUUAGUUAAUAUCAAAAGAUUUGUGAGUUAAAGUAUAAUUGUAUAACAAUAAUCGAUAGGUUCACUGCCACUGCUCAGGUUUUGUCAGUCAGGGGUUUUGAACCUUUUGAUUAAAAAAUAAUUUAAUAUAUUUUUUGUUAAAUCUUUAUGCACUACUUAAUUAACUUUCUCGUCUUAAUCAUGUACUGUUAGCUUAUACUUACAUAUCAAUUUUUCUCUUGCCUUCUAAUAUGAAUUAAAUUCUUAAGACUAAUCUAACCUGACCCACUGGUAUUUUCAAGUAUAAAAUUUUGAUAAUAUGAAAUUAGUCAAAAAUCGCCAAAUAACUUAAAUAUAAUUGUGUAUUUAUAAUCCUCUCUGAGCUUAUUUUAAUAAUUUCGAAGUGCGGCUGUGAUUUUGGAAUAAUUCAAAAUGGCAGUCGUGUGUAUAAUCUGUGAAGCUCUUUUGAUAAUAAUUAGAAAAGCAUAUUUUUUAAAUAUGUGUAUAUUGAAAGAAUAGACAAUAUACCGCGUGUGAUAUAAAAAUAAAUACUGUAUUCGCUCUGCGGUUAAACUACCUCAAAUGACUUUCGCUUGAAAUUCGGUAUACAGUUCGUUUCAAAUAGGGUGGUACGGAUGACAGGCAUUUUCAUUCUUGAAAGUUUGCCGCGAUUCACGAUAAUAGUACGCAUUAUGAACGUCAUACAGUCGACUGUCACCGUACCCAUGCUAUCUGAAAAACACUUUAGUCGCUAGUCGUUUUUACAAUCACAUAAUCACAGUAUAACGACAAACUAAAAUUGACUGGAAUGCUUCUAAGUAAAAAGAUUAGUAUAUUUGUUUUAUUCUCUUGCAGCUUUGGCUGUAGGUGUGUGAUUAAAACAUUUAAUAAAACGAGACAUUUGAAGUGUCCUGGUUGACAUUUUUUACUAGCGAAUAUUGCUUUUUUUGCGAAAUUAAAGUUUGACUUUUAGCUAUAACUUUAACGGAUUCAAUUUACAAAUCAUUAACAGAGUUAUUGUGACGACAAUAACUAUGAUUUGUAAAUUGAAUAGACAAUCUUUUCUUCUUUGUUAAAAUUGAACAUUGAUUGAUUACAAUAUUGCUUAAAUUUCCUUUUUGAAAAGAUUUUUAUGUAACUUUGGUGAUUCUGUUAACUUUAGUUUUCUGUUGUCAUCGAAAUAUUUAAUUAAUCUUACAAAUCACAUUUGUUAAUAAUUAGAUAUAGGAAUAAUUAAUUAGAUAGGAUAAUAAUAUUCUUUAUUUAGUAUUGUAUUUAGUGAUACACCUGUAAGCAUUUGCAUGGCACAAAUGGGAAUGUCAUAAAUAUUACUUGACUUAUUUCAAUAGGCUAAUUUGCGCCUUGUAUUAUGUAUUUUAUUAUUUCUCUUGAAUUUAAAAUAUAUUUUGCCGUUUUCCGCAAUAAUUGACUUAAGACAAGAUUGCAUGAACUUGUCAGAUAUAUUAUUGUGGAUAAUAACAAAAUAUUUUUAAAUUACUUUCCAUAAAAAGUGUAGUUUUUAGAACACUUUCUUUUUAUUGUGGACUUGUCUACGUUAAUGCGGAAUACAUAGUAAUUAAUGUUAGAAAUUAAUAAAAAUUAAAAAGUGCACUUGCAGUGCCAUGCAAGUGUACACAGUCGUGCAUGUUGCUUGGUAUGGUGUUAUUAGAUAAAAAGAAAAUUUAAAAAUUAGUGAGUUACACAAUGAAAAGAUCCAUAUCAUUUGACAUAAUGUACGUUUUUGCACGUUAAGUAGGUAAUGCGAAAACCGAACACCCCAAAAACGCUUUUAUACGUAGAUUAAUAAUGUUAUAACAAAAAAAUCUUUACAUAAUAGUUAACCAAAUCUUUUUAUGUUUACUACCUUAUGUAUGGACUCAACUAAUACGGCCAUAUUUAUAAAUAUGAAAUAAGAUUUGAUUAUUCAAAGCAAAGUGGACCUAAUCACUACUGUUUAAAGUUCACUUUACUUUGAAGAGAAACAAACUUUUGUCGGUGAGUAAAAAAAAAGUUAAAAGGAGAUGGUCCAUUUCAGGUCCAUUCUUGUACCCCGUAUCGUUAAAAUUUAAAAAUACAAGGAUUUUAUUAAAAUUUAUUAAAGUGAAUAAAUCUAACUAAAUAAAAUUAAAACCCAAGUUUUUGAGUUAAAUCAACAUGGCGCCCUUAGAGUAAUUAUGUUAAGACAAUUGACAGUAAACGUCAAAUCGAUUACUGCAUUGAAAGGUCAUCAAUCCGCCAUUAAUACCCUAGUGUUGCAUUUCUUGGGAGACAAUGAAUAUUAUUUCGAAAGAAUUAAGGUAAAUUCGUAGAUUUGUAUAAUCAAAAAUAGUUAAAAAAAAUAGUUUGUUUUAUUUCCGCUAGGGUACAAUGACUGAUCCUGAAUUCCAUAUAAUUUUGGACCAUCUCCUUUGUACUACAUGUCCGUUCCUAAUAUUCCAAAGCAAAUCACGAUGCACUUUUAAAAUAGGAAGUGCUUGAUUUUUUCAUUCCUUUAUACAGUUACUUAAAUGUACCUAUUUAUAUCUUAUGCGACGUUUGAUGUUAUUAUUAAAAUUGUUUUUUAUUUUAUUUUUUUAAAUUUUAUUUUAUUUAUCGGCUAUAAGAGAAUUGAUUUUUUUAUUUAUUAUUAUUACUGUAAUAAUUACGAUAAAUAAGUUAAAAUAUUUCAAAUUGUAAUUUUAGAGGCUAAUAUAUUUUUAUUAGUUGUGUUUUUUUUAGUUUUAUAAAACUUUUAGUUUCAAGUCUUACUGUUUAUUUUUUGUUUAUGAUAUUCGAUUCGUUGAUAUAAAAUGUUACCUUAGAUUAGAUAUUUGUCAAUAUAGACCCACCGACGUCUGAAACUUGCAAAAAAUCUUUGACUAGGCCACAUAACCAAGUACUGAAACAGUUCCACGAUAAACGAAGGCGAAAUCAACACCGAGAGGCAAAAGGUUGUCUAUAGUAAAAAAGACCAAUAGUGAAACAUUUCUGAAAUUGAGGUCAUUGGUAAGUCAAAUAAAAAAAAAAACAAAAAUUUUAAAUUUUUUUUUGGAGUUUUCAUAAUACUAUGACCCCACUAUCUUCCCUAGUCAAAAUCAACCAUUUUAUAAAACGCUACUGCCACGUAUGUAAACAGCAUAUAAAGUAAAAUUUUAAAUUUACCCUCUAUAGUUCAAAUACUGAAUUAUAAAGCGUACUGUAACUUGAAAUUUAUACUUGUGCUACAGUAACGCCUCUCUAGUUUCACGAACUCUUUUUUUUUUAUUAAAAAAAAAAGGUUCUUUUUACAUAUUUAAUUUCCGUUAUUAUUUAAAAGACUUUCCCAAUCUAGCCGAAUUACAUUCUAGCGCCAGUAUUCAAAACAUGCUAUCUCACUUUAAUCUUUGUAAAUAAAAUGGGAACCAAAAUGAUAGUAUCAAUGCUUCGUCGAAGGAACCCGAUUUUUAAUACUUAUAAAAAAACUGUUAACUGAGACUAAAGGAAAAAUAUAGACGAUAGACGGGAUGCCAGAAUAUAACACACGUUAAAAUAUCCAUGUAUCAAAAAAAGGAAUUCCUUGUAUUAGAAUAACUUUAUGUGAUGUUAAAUAAGUAGUAAAACAGUGUAGUUUUAACUUCUGUAAUGUAGUUUAAAAUAUUUUAUAAUGAAAACAUGGUUAUGAGAAUUCCGUCCGUCUAUCUUUUUGCCUUAGUUUGUGUAUAAAAUAUUAUGUAGACUACCCAUUACUAAACUAAAUGGUUGUAAUUAAUAAAAAAAAAUCCCAUUUUAAUAUUCUCGCAAUAACGAUUAAAAAAUUACAACAGUACAAUCAGGAUUGCCUGAUGAUUUUGUGCCUUUUUGAAUCUUAUAGUUGCGAUUAGGUAACUUAGGAAUCUAGGUUUUAGGUUCAGUAGUAAGAAAUUAAUUAAAAAGUUAAAAACUAUUUUAAUCUGGAGAUAUGGCCUUGUUUCUUAACUUUUACUAAGAUAAGCAAAGACUGAAGAUGAUAUAUAGCUUCAACAGUCAAAACUCUACAUAAAGUAUAAACAUAUUAUUGUUUCUAAAUUUUGUGAAAGUGAAUAUGCUAUAAUAAUGAUAAUAAUAAUAAACAAGUCGGUUAUAUAAGUUUCAAAUUGCGUGAUAUUUUUCACGCGUAAUUCAUUCGUAUAUUUCGUUAUUUGUACAAUAUAGGUAUUAUGAAUAUGAUUCUGGUGCUAAUUUGGUUGCAUACAUAAUAUUAUCUCUUAAAACUAAUAACUAUAACUUUGAUUUGAGAUACUAUUACUAUUGGGAUGUUUGGGACCUUUUCAUAACUUUGGACCUAAAGCCUAGCUGCACAUUUAAAUGAGAUUAUAGAUAAUUCUACAAAAUACAUUAUUUGUAAGUUUAGGAAAUGAAAGCAAGUCGAUCUCUGUCUUAUUAAUAUAAACACACUAUUGCAAACUAAAGGAAAAAUAUAGCAUAUAGGCAACAAAUAUGAAGUAUACCUUACUUGUACAUCUAGGGUAACAUUUGUUUGUGAGUGUUCAGUCUAUUAUUUUCCUUUAAUCUGUGAGUAUUGAAGUAUAAGUACACACACAAGUACAUUAUUAUUGGUUCUGUAUUCUCUAUUAUUUAAAUUGUUUCAGUGUAUUACUUGCAUAAUAAAAACUAAGUUUAUUAAGUUUUCAUGUUAGAUAAUAUUUAGUAAGUGUUGUUUUAGAAAUGUUCUGUUGUUUAUUUCCAUUAUAGUAUUGUUACCUUAGUGUUUAAAAAUUACUUGUAAAGCUAGAUGCACAUUGGGGCCUUUUUUGUAACAGUUUAGUGUAUGCGGUUUUGGACACAGAUUACAAAAACUAGCUUGUGGGUGGGUAUUUUUUAAAAAAGUUGAGAUUGACCUGGUAUAAAUUUAAAAUUACUUUUUUUGUAAAUGCAAUGUAUGACGUCAAACAUUACUUUAACUUUUACGCGCGACACACACCCUCACCAGGUCAAGUAAAUAUAUUGCUUUAUUAUGCUCUCGCUAUGAUACUAAAAUGUGUAUGCCGAAUAUGUUAAAAUUGAAUGUAUAUUAUAAAGAUUUUCAAGCGUGUAUGGCUCGAUUAUAUUCGAUUAUAACUCGAACACUAAUAUUUUUACAAGCUCAGGUCAAUCUUCACUUGAAAUUCCAUGUUUCAAAUAAUUUGUAUUAUGAUUUAAUUAUGUUUUUGGGUAUUAUUUGUUUUGUAUGGAAGUUUUAUGGUUUUCUAUGGUAAACGUUAAGUCAGUAUGUUGAGUAUGCAAAUCCAGGUACGAGUGAGCUUCGUUAUGCACAAUAUGUAUCUUUUUAUAUGCAAUCAAAGUGAUGGAUGGUAAUAAAAAAGGCAUUAUACCAUUAA